UCAAAUUAUUGCGCAAUAAUCUUGUAAUCAAUAUGGCGGAUAAACUUCGUGGUUCGUUAUUGCAUGACGUGCAGAAAACGUUUGAAGCUUUUUUCCUUUGCUUAAUUUCUAAAUGAAACGUGUUCGCCUAGAUGAGCUCUUGAACAUCGUUUAAAAUCCGAUUAUGAAAAAUGGCGAACCCGGUUUUGUUAGCACGUGUUUGUGGAAACAUGUGCACGAAACAUAGACUUAUUGGUUUGCUAAAAAAUAUAAGGCUGCAAGACCUUGGUUAUGUCGACGAACAGUGUCAAUUUAGGAAAACAUGUACACAAAAAAUGACAUCAUUACGAGCUUAUUGCUCUCAAAAUGAUUCAAAUAAUGAGCAUUUAAAUGCGACAGAAAAGCAAGCUCGUGAGAUUCAGGUUGGUAAAACUGAUGAUGUACACCAUGUACAAUGUUAAAAUACAAUGAAGAGGAACAAGAAGAUACAUCUGAUCCUUGCGCUGAUCUUGAUUUCAAUGGCGAUGGAUAUGAAAAUAUAUCACAAAAGGAAGAGUUUACGUUGGAAAAUGGUUCAGAAGAACGUCUGCCGUUACCUUCGGAACCCCUAGAUAAAGCCAAAAUCCUAGAUUGUCUAAAGGCAUUUUCCAGCCGCCGUCAGGUCGAGGACGAAGCAAGAGAUCAUGGAUUAGACAGUAAAUUAUUUGCAGAAACUUUUAAGAGUUUUAAACGAAAUAUUUUCAAAGAGGCAAAAGUCGACACAGAUCUAUAUAAUAUUCUUUAUGAAAUUCAAAGCGGAAUAGGUCACAUUGACGACAUUCUUCCAUUUUUUCUAAGCUAUGCCAAGCGAUUAUACCCGGUUUUAGAUUGCCUGGAAGAUCUUAAAGAGAUUAGCGAUUUCAGAGGACCUCAAGAUUUAUUCCCAGAAGCUCGAGCGAUGAAAAGAAAGUUCGUUUUUCAUGCCGGUCCUACUAACAGCGGUAAAACACAUAAAGCGUUAGAACGAUUUCAAAAAGUCAAGUCCGGUAUAUACUGUGGUCCUUUAAGGCUUUUAGCCUCUGAAGUGUAUCAGAAAACGAAUGAUAAUGGUAUUUUCUGUGAUCUCAUCACAGGUGAAGAAAGACGCUGGGCAGUUUCGGAAAACGAACCAUCAAAUCAUCUUGCUUGCACCGUAGAAGUCUGUUCUACAACACGGGAAUAUGACUGUGCUGUGAUUGACGAGAUUCAAAUGAUAGCGGAGCCAGAAAGAGGUUUUGCAUGGACCAAAGCUUUAUUAGGCUUACUUUCACCUGAAAUUCACGUUUGUGGAGAGCCGACGGCGAUUAAUCUUGUUCGUAGACUAGUUGAUUCUUGUGAAGACGACUUCGAGGUUGUCUACCAUGAACGUCUUACGCCUCUGGAAAUAGAAAAUACAAGUUUAGAUAGCGAUUUUUCAAAGAUUGAACGUGGUGACUGUAUCAUAGCAUUUUCUCAAAGAGAACUUUACAGGAUACGAAGGAUUGUGGAAUCUGCUUCAAAAUGGAAAUGUGCGAUAAUCUACGGUGGAUUACCUCCAGCGACAAAAGUUGACCAAGCCAGACGUUUCAAUGAUCCUAAUGAUAGCUGCAAGAUUCUUAUUGCUUCUGAUGCUGUAGGCAUGGGACUCAAUCUGAACAUUCGCCGAAUUGUGUUCAGUUCUCUGGAGAAAUUUGACGGAAAAAGUAUGUCGACAUUGUCGGCUUCACAGGUAAAGCAAAUUGCUGGACGUGCAGGGAGGUUUGGUACAGAAUAUCCAUCUGGUUUCGUUACAACCCUUCACGAAGAGGAUUUGGUUUCUUUACAAGAAUUGAUGUGUCAGGGAAGUGAAGAUCUGCAAGAAGCAGGAAUCGCGCCAACGUCUGAACAAGUCGAGAUGUUCUCAUAUCAACUACCAAAAGCUUCCUUGAAGAAGAUAUUUGAGACUUUUUGUGGUCUGUCUCAACUAAGCGGCAACUAUUUUAUGUGCAAUCUGGAGAAGAGACAAAUGACAGCUGAGUUGAUCGAGAACAUACCUUUAUCAAUUCGAGAUCGCUACACAUUUUGUAUGUCGCCAGCUGAUUGUAGAGUGCCGUUUACUAGAGUUAUGCUUGUGAGGUUUGCUAGGGCUAUCAGUUCGGGCAAGAUCAUAUCAGCUGAAGGAUUACGCAGAUUAAUUGGUUGGCCACCAUCGCGUCCUAACUCUCUUCGCGCCAUGCAAGAACUCGAAGUUCUACACGAGUCCUUUGACCUCUAUCUUUGGCUCAGUUAUCGAUAUCCAGAGGUUUUCAUUGACAGAGAAAAAAUUCGUGCCAUGCAAAGUCAACUGCAGACUGUCAUAAACAACUCCAUUUCAUCGGGCAUUGCACUCAUUGCAACGACCUCAACAAUUCAAAGCGGAAAUUUAACUAGAAAAGGAACUGAUAGUGUUAUUGUAGAGAAUUCCGCAGACAGAUAAAUGAAAAUAAAAAUAGCGUUAUUAAAAACCGAAUAAGCAACGUCGAGAGAAAGCAGACUUGAGAAAAUGGUGGGACCUUGAUGAAAGACGAAACCAAAAGUUGCCUUCGUUUGCAGCAAAAUUGCUGAAGGAAAAAGUUUUAACUCGCCGUCAACUGCACAGACUUGAACAAGAGUGGAAAAGAAACUUGACGAACACCAAAAUACGUAAGAGAAAAUGACUUUCUGAACCAACAAACCACAUUUUGAUAAUUGUCGGGCUUCCAUUUUUACAAUUGUUUAAAAUCAAAUCGUCUUAUAACAGAAAACAAGCAAAAUCAAAGAGCGCGCACUUUACAGUUGCAUCAUAAACUUUGUGUCAUUUUGAGGCUGUUGUCCAUGGGAAAAGGAUACACUUCCCAUUUAUGGUUGAAAUAACAUGAAGUUUAAUUAAUAUAACAGUGAAGUAACAAGUAAAAUAACAAUGCAUGUUAAUUUCUUCAAUUCUGCUAUGCUGAGACUUAUCCACUAUGGUCGACAACUGACUCAUUUAAAAAAAUCACCGGAUUUGUCAACUAUGGUUGGCAUCUGACUCAUCUUACCAUUGCGAUAUUGGUGAACUUGUUAAAAUCAACUUUUUACUCUCCACUCAUUAAAAUGGAAGUUUAUUGUAACUACAUCAGGUUAUCAUCUUGAGGUGCAGACCAGUAACUUAUAUAAGAUAUUGAACUUCUACAAGAGAAACGACUAUGUGAAUUUGUGUUUCAAAUGAAAAAUAGAAGGUUUUCGGCUUACACUAUGAAAA